GCAUGUGUACGUUUGCUCACGCGCACUGGGGAUUCCCCCGCUUGACAAAAACAGCUUCGCCUUUCAUUGCUCUGCGUAGAGUUCACGCUGUUACCGGAUAUCUCGACGACGGACGGCCGCUUCUCUAGUUUUAGCUUGAUUUUAACCCUUUUCACGAAGUUUGGAAUUACCAUACCAUAGUUUGAAACUUUAAAAAACAUCUAUAAUCGAUUAGGAGUGAAGGCCUGUUGCUGUGAGGUAAUGCAUUAUAGGUUAGUGGCAUGAAACGAAGCGGCUCAUUCCUCUGGUUUUACAAAGGAGCGGUGGUUUCCUCAGGUGUCAGCAGGCUGUCCGCGGAGUCCGGUCACAUCACGGAGAACACCCGAUAGUAGCCGUUAAAUCCUCGCGGAAGGAGGGAGGGGAAAGCCCAGCGACGCCACCACUACCAUGGCGAGCGACGACUGUAGGAAAGAUGACUUGCUGGAGGAUAACCGCACGGACUCGGGCAUUGACUCGUACCGCUCCAUACUGAAGUCGGAGGAGCGCCGCGAGCCGAGCGCCGACUUCAGCGGGCCGAGGGACAAGUGUCCCGCCGAAGAGGAGCACCUGGACUCAGCCUACGGCUCCUCGUCCAUCACGGUGGAGAGUCUGUCGGAGAUAGUAGGGGGCUGCACGCUCUCCAGCGCCCAGGAGGAGCGAGCACAGAGCUCUGAACUCACUGAACAGGAGGAGAACUUGCUCACAACUAUCACUGAAGAUGGAGACACAAUCCUGCACUUAGCAAUCAUCCAUGAAGACCGAUUCAUUGCUCAACAGUUGAUACAGCUAUUCCCCAAAGAAGUCCUGGACAUCCAAAACAACUUGUACCAGAGCCCUUUGCACCUGGCCACCUACCUGAACCUGACAGACGUGGUGAAGGGCCUGGUAGAGAAAGGGGCCAGUUUGGAGCUGCAGGACCAGGAGGGGAACACGGCGCUGCAUGUGGCCUGCCAGCAUGGGCAGACGGAGUGCGCCACCGAAAUGACCAGAGAGGUUUCCCCCAGCAAGCUGGCACCGGUCCUCGAGACCCAGAACUGGAGAGGUCUUGCCUGUCUUCACUUGGCUGCACUGAACAGGCAACAUCAGAUUAUGAAGCUCCUGGGGAAAAAGGAAGCAGACUUGAAUAUCCAGGAAGGUACCAGCGGGAAAACAGCGCUUCAUCUCGCCGCUGAGCUGCAUGACAUCACAUCAGUGAAGCUGCUGCUCAGCAGGGGAGCCAAUGUGGAUGCCGCCAUGUUUAACGGCUGCACGCCCCUGCACCUCGCAGUGGGGAGACAGGACGCCGCCAUCGCCCACCUCCUCUGCCAGUCUGGCGCUGACACGAUGCUGCGGAACAUGGAGGACGAAACGGCGCUGGAUCUGGCUGACGGCAAUGAUGACAUUCUGGCUCUAUUUCCUUUUGAUGACAUCCAGAUCUCCGGGAGGUCGGUGGUCAGUGUGAAGUUUUGAGCUGGAUCAUCGGCUUAACAACAGUCUUCUGGGGCUUUACUGCGGCUGAAACCUUUUGCUUUAUCAAAAAAAGAAGAAAAAACCAGCUGCAUUUGGGUCGGACGUUUUCAUUAAAUAGUGCCUCUUUUUGUAGUACAUUCUGAUUUGAUUUGUAUUUAUCCAUUAUCUAGACAAAUAUGUGCACAUGCAAAUCUUACUUCCUUCUGACAAAGAGUGAUUCUGCUUAAUUGAACACUGAUUGAAAAAAAUCUGUGUUGCUGAGUCAUUGGUUACAUGUUUCUGCUUGUUUCCGCAUGCGUCUGGAGGGGUUGAAACGAAAGCCACCUCAAUGCGAGUGCCAAACUGUCUCUCUACAUGUUCAAUGUCCAUCGAAAAUUCUACCUCUUAAUCACAUUAACCUAGUUUUAAUGGCUAGAAAUUGAACAUUCAAAUUUCUUGGUGUCACAGUUUCUCAAACUUCAUCAGUGCUACGAUGCAUUUCAUUUCACUGCUUUUCAUUGUUGCCAUAGAAAGUCAUUUUGUGGAAUAAAAUUAAUGUUCCAUUUACUAAAUGUAAAACUAACUGAGUGUCCCAAAGAGACGAAGACAAACUAAUCACAUCCUGCUAUUUAUUAGAGAGCUGGUUGCCCAAAUAAAAAUGUAAUAUAUGACACAAAAUGCAGCUUCAUCCUUUUGAUUUUUUUGCUACUUCAUGUUGUGAAGCAGUUUUCUCUAUUUAUCUCAUCUAGUCCUUAAUCUGCAGUAGCUGUUCAUUUACUUUGGUGUGUAAUUACUCUGCCCUGUUUAGUUAAGAUAAGCAGUUUGUUUAUUUUGUAAUAAAAUAGAAAAAAAACUCA